AUGCACGUGCCACCGCAAUGGUUGUUGCGUGUGCUGUGCACCACCAGGGAUGGCACUGCGGUCGAUUCGGUGACGUCGAUCAUCCGGUGCUGGGUGAGGGCCGUCAAGGAGGGCAAGAAGACCGCUUGCGACAACAAGAGGAGACGGCAGGCGGCUGAUGGUUCUGGUGAUUGUGACGAUGACAUGACCCUGAUCCGCCGAUGGACGAGAGGCGUCUGGAGAGGGAGAUCCGCGAGACGAUUGGCCUGUCGAUCGAUGACGUGCCCCUGGUGCUCUGUCCGGACGACGACCAAGAGACGCACGAAGAGAUCAAGGCCGCAUACCGCGCACACUGAUGGGAAAUCGAGACACAGGUACAUCGAUCGACUCACACGACAUACAUGUCUCGAUCGACUCGAUGAUUGUCUUCAUUCUUUUCGUCAGGUUGACCCCUUCGACGGGUCUCGCAACUUCCUUGAUGCCCUGCGGCGCCGUGGUGUCCGUCUGGCGGUCGCCACAGGCAAGUCCCGCCGCGGCCUCAACGUGCAGCUCGACUCAACCGGUUUCCGGCCCCUCUUCGCGGCCUCCCGCCCGGCGAACACUCAAGGAGUCAACAUGUCAUCUUCGGCGCUUCGGGAGGUACGCACGUACGACCACACGCAAAAGAUGUGCUCAUCUCGCCUGUGCACAUACUUGUGUGCCUCUGUCUGUGUGUGUAUCUGUUUGUGUGUCUUUGUCUGUGUGUGUAGGUGGAGGCGAUUGGCUGUCUGUCUGGCUGGCUCGGGCAAGUCAUUCCUCCGGGAGUGUGUGCCUUCAUCGGCAAGUCAUUCCUCCGGGAGUGCGUGCCUUUAGAGUUCGGCUGGACGGCAGCCCUUCUUGGCCACCACUCCAUCCCUGGUAAGUGAAACACAGCACGCACAGACAGACAGACCUACCUGCAUCUUGGAUGAAUGGACGGGUGCAUCUGUCUGUCUGUGUGUGCGAUGUGUUUAUGAAUGCGUUCAGGUGCCGUGACAAAAUGUGUCGGCAUCCCGAGCCCGCAAAUGGUCACUGAGAUCCUGUCGGAGCUCGGCGUUGUCUUUGUGUCGACUGCGAACCGCAGCACUGUCGCUAA